ACGGCCCUCUUGGUGCCACAGCGCCAGCAGCAGCUCCCCCCGAGGAAAGUGAAAGCCAACGCCCCACUUUCGAGCCUCUCAGCUCGGCCCUCCCUCCUCAGACAGAGAGCAGAGUCUGUGCGGGGCUGCUGUGAUCGUGGCUGAGCUCAACCAGGACAUUUUGCACGGAGAAGCUGAUUCGUGCGACUGGAAGGAAGGAAGUGGGGAAUAAACACAGCGGGACUAUUAUAGCGUGAGACUAGCUCUAAAUCAAGUAAUCAAUCAAUCAAACAAAGUCUUUCAUACAUUGAGAAGUUAGUAUUUUCAUAAUGGCUGAUACAACCUCGACAAGCACCGGUGCGAACUGCCUGGAGAAGCUGAAGAGCUACGUGAAGACCCAGAAGGGGCUCAUCCUCGCUGGAGAAAUAUUCCUCAGUUUCAUUGUCAUCAUCUGCUACGGUGCAUCCCACUCUGGAGGCUACUCCUCCUUGGCCAUCUGCGAGAUGAUCUUCGCCAUUGUCUUCUUUGUCAUCUUCAUGAUGGAGCUGGACAAGCAACUCCUAGUGGUCAACUGGGUCUGGAGCGAUCUUUUCCGCGCUGGUAUCGGUGCAGUCCUUUACCUCAUCGUCUCUCUGAUCAAUGUGAUUGGAGGGGCCGGGGACGGCUCUCGUAUCGCAGGCGGGGUAUUUGGUUUGCUUGCUGGUCUGCUGUUUGCUUAUGACACCUACACCAUUUACUUGCAAGUCAAGAGCACCAGGCAGCACACGGCAGCUUCCACCGAUGACAGAGUUUAAACACUCCAAGACACAUGCGCUUCUGCCAAGAACGCAGCAGAAGGACAGAAGAAGAGGAAUUUAUGCAGACGUUAACGGAAGAGUCGAUCUUUAAGGACUAUGGACAGCACAAUGAACAGGUCACAGUUUAAUCAAUGCCACUGUAUGGUGUGAACAGACAAGAUAUUUAUUUUAGGGCGGUGCCUGAGAGGAGCAUGACGUAAGCCAAAGUGAGUGGUACUGUACAUCUGUACCUGCACGUCAAGACAGAAUCUAGUCUGCAACAAGAGGAAUUCCCCUCACAAACCUUUAGUCCAACCUCAAUGUACCACUGAUUUAAAAAGGGAAAAACGGUAGAAAAUAGACAAUGGUUGUCAUCAAGCAGCCUGUCUAAUACACAUGUCUAUUGCUUAAAGGAUUGAUGUAGUACUUUAGAAGUAACUGACACAUGAAUGGGGUGAUUAAGGAGCUGUUUAACAUCUUAAUUAUGCACUUCUUGAGUGUGUUUCCUGUAUUUCCAGAGAGAUUUCUCAGCUGGACAAACAUUUCCUUCCCUGUUAUCUAACACUGCUCUUUAGAGUGCUCCCCCUGUGUUACAGUGCCUUAGACUGUCAUUCAAAUUAACCAGUCCUUCAUCUUGUUCAUCUUAUACUCUUGAAGCCUAAACAUUUGAAAGUGUCUUCUUGUCAUUGGUCAGCAGUCCUUUGGCUGUUUUUGUACUAAUUAGAGUUUAGUCUGCAUCAUUAGAGGCAUUUGGCGUCAAUUAACCAUCAACAACAUGUUCCUUAUUUUAAUUACAGUGCCAUCUGCCAGUUUCACCUAUCUACUUUAAUUCUUGCUCAGGUUGUUUUCUUUUCUUAAAUUUGUAAUACAUUUUAAAAGAGUCAGAGUCAAUGUUGACAUUGUAUACAGUCCAGAAGUUGGGUCCAGUUUAUUUGGUUCAUGUUUUUUUUUUUGAUAAAGCAGAUAGAAAAAAGAAAAAUCACAUUGUUGGAAUUUUAUGAUGUGAAUAUCACAAUUGUAAUAUGUUCUGUAACCCUUUGGUUGUUAUUUGUCCAAGUAAAACAUUGCCUUAUAAUUUUUUUAACAUGCUUUACAAGAGUCUGCUGUGUCAUUUUUAAAUUCAAAGCUGCAUUGCUUUGGGAAAUAAAAGCCAUUGUUACUACAGAGAAA